UGUUUUAAUGGAUGUUUAGCUUUUGGAUUGAUUUUUUUUAAUUUGAUUUAGUGUUUCAAAGUAUUUCUGUCACAUCUUCUCCUAUGUUUUGGCUUCAAAAUAUCUGUGAGCUUCCUUUUUGGCCAUUAUAUUCCAUUUUGGGCUCUUUAGAUUGCACAAAAUAUGACCCACAAAUGAGCAUGAACCCUGAAGCAAAACAUCUCAAAUGACUAGCGCAGUGGGAGGCUGCUCAUAAAACACUUCCACACAAUCAAACACACACCCAUACACACACGCUGGCAGGCAUCUUGUCUCAAAUCUCUUGGAUCAAAUCAUUCUUGAAUGCUAAGCAGCACAGUCUGUUGUUUUGUUGUCCAUGUUGCCAAGCGACCAUCAGCUAGUCAAAGGCUGAGAGAAAAGACAAAUCCCAAAAGAAAACGAGACGUGGUGGAGGGCAGGAAAUUGUGAGUUUUUAAGAGCCAAACUCUGGUGUUUCUUUGUAGACCAAGGUGCAGUGUUUGUGAAGGCAAAAUGUGGGACACAAGGUCUCUCGAGAAGAUGGUGAACAGGACGACUCUAAGCACACAGAGAGUGCUCCACACACACAUUCUGGAACUAGGAGAACAGUUAUGUCCAUGGUCAUCUUCCCGUGUUAGAACAGACGACCACAUAAAACUGGCUCCGAGCUUGGUCAAUCCACGGCCUGCGAUUGAACGAGAGCAGCCUGAUGUCCCCCCCAUGGAGGAAUUUAAGCAGCUGGCGGAGAAGGAGAAACAUGCUGCCCUUAAACUCCAAGAGGAGAGUCUGCAGGCCUGGUUUCAAGAGGCCCUGCAAGCCAGGGACAGGCUGGAGGCUGAAAUGAGGCGAGAGCUCCAGGUCGAGCUGCAGGCCCAGUUCAGAGCUCAAUUUGAAGACCUGAUGGAGGAAGACAAGGUCCAAGCCGUAAGGGAGGCCUGCAGGAAGCUACAAGACCAGCUGCACAAAGAAGCAGAGGAGACCAGAGAGAAAAUAAUACACACUGUACGAGAAGAGACACAGGAGUGUGUGAGGAGGUGUGUGCGGGAUGCUGAGAGAAGUAUUCGUGAGGAGUGUGACAUGGAGGCAGAAAGAGAGAAACAGGCCCUACAGGACAGACAUGAAGAGAAGAUAUCUAAGCUACAAAACUGGAUACAGCAGCUGCAGGACAGUCUGGAGCAGGCCUGCAGGGAGCGCAGUCAGUAUGAAGCAGAGUUUAAGAAGGUGCAGGCCAGCUACAAGCUGUUUGUGGACCUGACUGAUUCCUCCCUCCACUCUGAUUACCUCUUAAAGCUGCGCAGACUGGGGAGAGAGCCAGGUUUCAUGGACACUGCUUCACAGACUGAUGAGAUCACCUCCUAAUUUGUGAUGGCAGUGUGUACACUGUCUGAGUAUGACAUGUCAUAGCAGUCAAAGCAGUGUCCUACGCUACACGCUGUACUUUGUCUAAAACCAUUUGAAACGGAUAAAUGAUAAAAGAUUGUGGCAUCUAAAAUAUACUUUCAUUAAUACAUUUAUCUUAACAAAGUAUUUUUUUUAGUAAUGAAACAUGUCAACUCUUUCAUAAUAAAUAAAAUAUGUAUAUACAUUUUUGCAGUGUUGCAAGAUAAAAUCUAGUAGUAAGACUAUGUUGAACUAGUUGGUUUAUCAAUCACAUUUUUAUAAAUAAUUCUGCAUAUUUAAAACCCUAUUAGUCUUAUUUUGCAUUAUAGUGUAGUGAUUGACACUACUGAUGAACAACAACAUAUUAAAUAUGUAAUAUUUUCCUGGAGCAGCUUACAUAU